UCGAUUGCCCUCUGAGCAUAUAGACGUUGCUUGCCGACCGAGCGAGCGAACUCCCUGGCCCGCGCGUGGCAUCUGCGAUUCUCUCCGUGGUCUCCGCGUUCGUCGCUCAUCUUUUUUUUUUCGCGCGGUGAUCUGUUCCUAUAUUGAUUGAUUGAUCGAUCGACUGAUUGAUUGAAUUUCACUGAUUGAUUGGUCGAUCACGACGAUUGAUUAAUUGAUUGAUUGAUUGAUUUUCGAGGUCGAUUGAUUGAUCGAUCGAUCAUAGAGUGAUUGACGAUUGUCAUCGACUAAUCGACAUUUUGAUUGAUUGGUUUAUCGGGAUUGACUGAUCAAGAUAGGUUAAUUGAUUUUGAUUGAUUGAUUGAUUGAUUGGUCGGUCUAAUUGGAUUACGUAAUUGAUUGAUCGGAAUUGAUUGAUUGAUCGAGGUUGAUUGAUCGAUCGAUCGAUCGAUUGAUUGAUUGAUUGAUUGCGAUGUCGUUUGUUUGAUUGAUUCAUUGAUCGAUAUUUCCGAUCGAUUGAUUGAUUGAUUGAUUGUUUGAUUGAUCGAUUGGUUGGUUGAUUGAUUCAUUGACCGAGAUUUCCGAUUGAUUGAUUGAUCGAUUGAUUGAUUGAUCGAUUGGUUGGUUGGUUGGUUGAUUGAUUGGUAGAUUGAUUGAUUGAUUGAUCCACAGCGACGAUGGGAAGUCAGGAGAAGCUUUUGGACCAGAUCUUUCAGCUGCGAUUCACGUCGAAGAGUCUGGUUCGUCAGGCGAAGAAAUGUGACAAAGAAGAGAAAGCCGAGCGGAUGAAGGUGAAGAGGGCCAUCGAGAAGGGCAACAUGGACGGCGCGCGCAUUUACGCCCAGAAUGCCAUCCGCAAGCGCACGGAGCAGUUGAAUUACUUGCGCCUGGGAUCCCGACUCGAUGCCGUCGUGUCUCGUCUCGACACCCAGGCUAAGAUGAACACCAUCAGCAAAUCGAUGGCCGGCAUCGUCAAGUCUCUCGAUCGAGCGAUGGCCGUCAACAACCUGGAGCAGGUAUCGGAGACCAUGGACCAAUUCGAGAAGCAAUUUACAGACCUCGACGUCCGCCAGUCGUUCAUCGAGGGCGCGAUGCACGGGAGCACCUCCAUGUCCACCCCGGAAGACCAAGUGACGGCGCUCAUGCAAGAGGUAGCAGAUCAGCACCAGCUGGAGCUCAGCACGGAGUUGUUGCCGACAACAAAUAAACCGAUCACGGUAGCAGCGGCGGAGGACGAAGCGAACGAUCUGUCGCAGCGACUGGAAAAGUUGAAAGGACAGCUGAGAAGCUCUUGAUUGGAUUGAUUAAUUGAUUGAUUGAUUGAUUGAUUGAUUGGAAGAGAAGAAGAGGGAAGAAGAAGAGGGAAGAAGAAGAGGAAGAGGAAGAGGAAAUGUGUGUGUGGUUGAUUGGAAGAGAGGAGGAGAAGAGGAGGAGGUGUGAGUGAUUGGGAGAAAGGAGGAAAAGUGUGAUUGUUGAUUGGAAGAGUAGGAGAAGAGCAGGGGUGUGAGUGAUUGGGAGAAAGGAGAAAAGUGUGAUGGAUUGGAAGAAAAAGGAGAAGAGGGGUGGAGAGGAGAAAAGGAGGGUUGUGAGUGAUUGGGAGAAGGGAGGAAAAGUGUGGUUGUUGAGUGGAAGAGAAAAGAGGAGAAGAGGAGGGGUGUGAGUGAUUGGGAGAAAGGAGGAAAAAUGUGAUUGUUGAUUGGAAGAGAAGAGAGGAGAAGAGGAGGGGUGUGAGUGAUUGGGAGAAAGGAGGAAAAGUGUGAUGGAUUGGAAGAAGAUGGGGUAUGAUGAUUGCUUGGAAGAAUAGAAAGAGGAGAGGAGGUGUGAUUGAUUGGAACGAGCGUAGAGGAGGUGUGAUUGAUUGGAAAAAACGGAGGUGUGAUUGAUUGGGAAGAGGGGAAGAGGAGGUGUAAUUGAUUGAUUGGAAGAAGAGGGUGUGAUUGAUUUUAAAAAGAGAGAGGGUGUGAUUGAUUGGAAGAAGAGGGGAGAUUUUUGAUUGGUAGAAAAGGGGGGAUAGAUUGGAAGAAGAAGGAGAGAUGAGGAGAUGUGAUUGAUUGGAAGAAGAGGAGGAAGUGUAUGAUGAUUGAUUGGGUGAAGAGAAGAGGAAGUGUGUUAUUGAUGGGAAGAACACAAGUGUGAUUGAUGGGAAGAAGAGAAAAGGUUAUUGAUUGGGAGAAGAAGAGGACGUGAUUGAUUGGGAGAAGAAGAGGACGUGAUUGAUUGGAAAGCAGGGUAGAUAGGGGAGGAGGAGGAUGAAAGAGGUAGCGGGGGGGAAGGGGGGGAGGGGGGAUAAUCCAGGUGGAAGAAGAUUGAUGGAUUGAUUGAAAGGUAAUACAACUCGGAGAAGGAGAUUUCGAAAAGAAUGUGGUUGAUUGAUCGGUAUGGGUAAUGAGCGAAGUUGCUGCCCGUUUUCGUCGACGGUGGUUGGCGCGCUUGGCGCGCAGUGAGUGGGUGCUCUGAGCUAGCGGAGGCCGCGGCGGCACGCAUAUGCUUUCAGGCCGCCUGCUUCCUGGAUAAGCUUCUGGAGUACUAGUGGUUGGCGGGCUCGGCGCGCAAUGAGUGGAUGCUCGGAGGCAAGGUCUUUUGAUGCGCGGCAAGCCUCGGGAAGUCGUGAAUGAAUCUGAACCGAAAUU